AUGGGGUCCGAUACUUUCCCGACCCUAGAGUCCCUUCAUUUCCCGGAGCAGCUGUCAAUCUCCCAGACACUUUCGUCUCUGCGUCGAUCGGCGCUGUCCGUCGCCAAUCGGCUCCAAUCUAUUGAGACAGAUGCCACCUUUGCGCAAGAGGUCUCUGACCACUAUGGCUUACCGCUGAUUGCUAAUGAGCGCUGCGGAAGUUGGUAUAUUCCGCCUACGGCCAAAGCUGGCAGCGCUUAUUUCAAAAGCACCGAUGGCCACACUGUGAUGCCAGAUGCACUAUCAAAAACCGUCCCAAUCUGGAGCGCCGUCCUAAACAGAGCCCUGUUCCCAUCCGCGACUGCAUACCAUCCAGUCCGCCUUCCACCCAAUUAUCUGGGCGCAUCGGAAGAAGCGCAGAUCGAGAAUCGAAUCGAAGGAUUCGUGCAUUCCCUAAAGGUACGCAUGCAUAACAUUAACGUGACUUGCGCAAACUAUUGCACCACGCCCCCUCAUCCGGGCAAAAUGGCUGAUACUACCCAGAGCCUAAAACUCGAUCUGGACAAUCUGCGCCGGCAACUUGGUAAACCUAUCCAGAUCGCAUGGGCCAACAGGACAUAUUUCCACCCGGAGGGUCUGCACAAGGGCGAUGAGUAUAACCUACUCGUACUAUGCUCCGCUUCAAGGCGCGUGCAUGGCGCCGAAAUGUCUGAGGGCGGGUACAUCCAAGGCGCGGGAGAUGAUAGCGAGGCGUGGGCAUAUGGGCUGACGCCGCCGGUUUUCUGGGCUAAUCAGGCUAUUUUGAAGAAUACACCCGAAGACGAAUUGCCGGAGCUUAUUGACCGACUAGUGGCUGAACAUAAGCUGCUGGAUGUGGCUCAGGACGCGACGCUCAUAUCUCCCACGCGCAAUUUGUACAUUGGGUCGGGGACGGGCGUCGAUGCUGGAGGUCGGUAUGAUCUUGUCAUUGACUGCAAUGGGAGCGCUGCGGCUGUUGAGGGCAAUGCGAAGCGACUUAAUUUGGGCUGUGAUUCUGGGAAACUGGGAAGUCGGGAUCUACGGAAAUGUCUGGAUAAGGUGCGUGACUUUAUCGGCGCCCGUCUUGGGACAGAUUCGUCACUGUCGGUGCUGGUUACCUGUGAGAAUGGGAAAGACCUUUCGGCAGGCACGCUUCUGGCGAUCGUUUGUCUGUUUUAUAACGACGAGGGCGGCUUCGAUGCCUCACUGAGCAAGCGGACGAUCGGCAAGCAGUUCAUUCGACAGCGUCUAGCCUGGCUCGUGUCGUCAAAACAUGACGUGAAUCCGUCUCGAGCCACGCUUCAAUCUGUCAAUGCUUUCCUGAUGCAGCCGCCGGAUUAUUGA